UUUCCGAGCAAACCCUGAAGGCAUCAGUAUCGUACAGCAGCGGUGGUGCAGAUUCACUAGAAAGUCGCUCAUCAUUCCAUUACAAGCGAAAAUAACAAGAACAUCAAGCAACAAUGAAUGUGGAUCAUGAAGUAAAGCUGCUGGUAGAGGAAAUCCGGCGACUUGGCACUAAAAAUGCCGAUGGUCAAACCAGCGUGACGUUUGGUAUGUUGUUCCAUGACGACAGAUGUGCCAACAUCUUUGAGGCACUGGUGGGCACUCUGAGAGCCGCCAAGAGGAAGAGCAUUGUCAAUUACGAGGGAGAGUUGCUUUUGCAGGGUGUCCACGACAACGUUAAUAUUGUCCUGCUCCAGCAGUGAGACCGAAAUCAGGACCAGACGCAACUGUGGGUCUCAUUGAAUCCCUCCAAAGUCUUUUGAGUUUUUUGUGUCGCGUUUUAACCUCCAAUGCAAUGACCAAACAGAAAUGAGACCCAAUAGUAUAUCAGCAGACCCCAGAUGACACGUCAGCUUAAUAAGAUUUAAUUUGACAGUUUUGGCAAUAUUUGAGCUUCGUUCACGUUUUCAGAUGACAAAGGAAAAGUAUAGUUUUUCUCUUCCGCUGGUGCUGCCAUCUUAUCCUCAACCACGGGACUAUAAUAUCAUUUUUGUUGCGCUUUUACAACUAUAAAUGUACAAAGUGUGAAUGUAAUUUUCUGUAUGUAAAAACAUUGAUUUGUUUAUUUGUGUGUGAAAUCUGUAGUAACUAUCACAACAGAAAUGCCUCUUUUGACGUCAACAGUGUCAUAUCGGGGCUCACGGGAGAGAUUAGCUAUAGCGACUAACUAAUUAUAUUUAUAAUAGAUGAAACUUGUUUGGUCUGUUAAAUGUCAGAAAAUGUUGGUCGGUGUUCACUACAGUUUGAACGAUUUCUUUGUACACCUCAAAAUAUUCACAUUUAAGAAGCUAAUUAUGGGUAAUUGUCGUUGCGGCCCAAUUUGUUUUUAAAGCUGCACUAGCAAAUUAUCAAUUAGGAUUUUCCAUAUUAAUCUAAUGCAGUUUUAAAACCGUGUGAAAAACAAAAAUGUGUCCACUGACUGUGUCACCAAAUGGCCAUUCCAUUUUUUGUUUACAAAGAGCCAUUCAUACUACCUCCUGUGGAGUUUUUUGAAAAAAAAAGGUUUAAAAAAAAAAAGACCAGUGCUGCGGGAAAUAUAACAACUUCUUUUUUUAUAGAAACUACAAAGACAAGUGCAAGUACAUUUCAUUAAAAAAAGAAGAAGCAGAUUUUGCACCUUUUUGUACCAACUGCAGUGUCUUAAAGAGUAGUUUUAAAUCUUUUCGUAUGUGGUCAUGAGGAAGUCUCUCUGAUAAACAAAUGUCAAAACUUGUAUUUCUUUGGAAGAAAUGGUUGAUAAACAAACAGAUGUGUUUAAAAAAAAAAAGAAAAGUGCUUUUUCUUUUCUUUUUCUUUUUUUAUUGCCGAGUCAUUACAGGGUGAUUGGCGCCAAAUGAGAAAGAUAUAUUUGUUCUAAAUCUCAGGACCAAAUUGAAACAACCAAAACAUGGUAAAUGACAACACAUGAUCCUCUUUUUUUUUUUUAAUUUCUUAAAUUUAAUUCCAGCUGCUCGAUUGUUUCCACACUGCCAUUAAUCCACACAACUUUAAUAUCAUUCUGCCACUUUUCCUUUUGUGCAAUAUUUGUCUGCCAUUUUAGGAAAAAAUAGCCAAAAAAAAGAAGUAAUAUUUUACUUUGAAAAACAUUCCAACAUAUCAUCUGUAUACAUCAAAGUUGUUGGUUUAUUUUUUCCAGUCAAUAUUGAGCCUCAUUAUGGGUUUGCUUUACAUUAACUGCUGUUUAAAUCUUCAGGUGUUGGUGGUUUGACUUGAAUUUAUUUUCUUAUUAUCUGUUUUAAGAAGCCAUUCGUUUGUUUAAUGAUUGUCCUCUUAACUGUGUCGUUGCAUGAAUUUGGUGAAAUUGGGUAAAGUGAGUUUAAACCUAUGCUAAUUAUGAAUGAAACUGGUGGGUCACAUGACGCACAAUCCCAAACUGCUUGCCUCGCUGUCAUUUUCUGGAAUUUCUAGAUUAGCCUGCUGUUUCUGCUGCACACACUGUGUGUAUGUUGGGAGUUUAAGAUGGCUGUUUGGUUUUUAAGUGACAAUCGGGGCAGUGCCAACAACCCGGGUCAUCUCUGAAAACUAACAGAAUGCCUUUACAAUGUUUUUAAGUGCGUCAUUACUGUUUGGGGUUUUUUGUAUGGGCAAUAACACAUUCCUAAGGAGGACGGAAUGAAAAAAUAAAUUCUUAACACUUGAAACCUUCA